CGCGUGACGGAGCGGGGCCGGCGGCGCCGCCGGAGCCCCCCGCGUGCUGCGCGCCGCCGAGGCCCCAUGGCGGCGGUGGCGGUGUGGGGGCGGCGCGGUGCCCCCGCGCUCCUGCGGGGGGCGCUGGGAGCUGCGGCGGGCCGCGCCUGCACGACCGGGGCGCCCGUGAGGGCUCCCUCCGCAGCGGCUCAGGAAUUGCCAAGCUCAGGAAAAGGACAUUUCCUCCUGGAACCUGCUGCUCCCUUCUCUGCCUUUUUGACAGACAGCUUUGGGCGUCAGCACAACUACUUGCGAAUUUCUUUGACUGAGAAAUGCAACCUUAGAUGUCAGUACUGCAUGCCAGAGGAAGGUGUUCAGCUGACCCCUAAAUCAGAGCUACUAACUGCUCAGGAGAUAAUCACCCUAGCCAGGCUGUUUGUGAAGGAGGGUGUAGAGAAGAUCCGACUGACAGGAGGCGAGCCACUCAUCCGGCCCGAUGUGGUUGAUAUUGUGGGUCAACUGUACAAGCUAGAAGGGCUGAAAACCAUUGCUGUCACGACCAAUGGGAUCAACUUAGCCAGGCUACUUCCCCGGCUGAAGGAGGCAGGAGUGAAUGCCAUCAACAUUAGCUUGGAUACUUUGGUCCCAGCUAAAUUUGAGUUCAUUGUCCGGAGGAAAGGCUUUCACAAGGUAAUGGAAGGAAUCUACAAAGCCACGGAACUAGGAUAUCGUCCCGUUAAGGUAAACUGCGUGGUGAUGCGAGGCUUCAAUGAGGACGAACUGCUGGGCUUUGUGGAUUUCACAAAAGAUCUGCCCCUUGAUGUGAGGUUCAUAGAGUACAUGCCCUUUGAUGGCAAUAAAUGGAACUUCAAGAAGAUGGUGAGCUACAAAGAAAUGCUUGAUACAAUUAAACAGCGAUGGCCUGAGUUGGAAAAAUUGCCCUGUGAAGCCUCCAGCACAGCCAAGAGUUAUAAGGUGCCACAUUUUCAAGGACAAAUCAGUUUUAUCACCUCAAUGUCAGAGCACUUCUGUGGAUCCUGCAACCGGCUGAGGAUAACAGCAGAUGGAAACCUAAAGGUGUGCCUUUUUGGAAAUUCAGAAGUGUCCUUGAGAGAUCACCUACGGUUGGGUGCCUCAGAGGAAGAGUUGGUUCAAAUUAUUGGAGCAGCAGUGGGCAGAAAAAAGAAACAGCAUGCUGGCAUGUUUAACAUUUCCCAGAUGAAAAACCGGCCAAUGAUCCUGAUUGAGGCUACACUGAUGUCAUCCCCACAGUGCCAAGAUGCUCUGCAGAAUCCCCCAAGUUCAAAACAGUGGGGUGACAUAUUUAAUCAUUGGCUGAAUUUGAGACCAAGUUUAUCCAAACAGACAGGAAAAGCAUUAGAGAAAAAUAAGCUUAGAGGACAGCUCAUCCUGCCAGUAUCUCACCCAGAGCAACCGUGGCACAUGAUGACAGGAAUUCUGCAAACUCAGCUCAGAGACAGCUGUGUCUUCCAAAAGAACUGGAGCUCCAGGUUUGACACAAAGUGCCUUAAGAUAGAGACUCCUCCUGUUGGCCAAGUUUCUGUGGACUCUCAUUCCAAAGAGACGAGGCCAGGAUCUGAAUUCUGCAGCAGGAGUUCUGGGUCUUGCACCAAGAUACCUCGUGCCUCUGAUAGCUUGACUCACACAGAUGAGGAAGGACGGGCCACAAUGGUAGAUGUUGGAGGGAAGCCAGAUUCCAGAAGAACUGCUGUCGCUGGUGCUGUGGUCCGCCUGGGUGAGAAAGCAUUUGGGAUGGUGAGGCAGAACCAGGUGAAGAAAGGAGAUGUGCUGGCAGUCGCCCAGAUUGCAGGAAUUCAAGGAGCAAAGCUGACCAGCCAGUUGAUCCCACUGUGUCACAACAUCCCCCUCAACCAUGUUGAGGUGUCUCUGAGCCUGGAUGAGGCUAGACACGCAGUGGUGAUUCGCAGCUCCUGUCAGACUUGGGGGAGAACAGGUGUGGAGAUGGAAGCACUAACAGCUGCCAGCCUGGCUGCUCUGACUGUGUAUGACAUGUGCAAAGCAGUCACUCAUGAUAUUGUGGUUGAAGAGGUGAAGUUGCUUAGUAAGACAGGUGGGCAGAGGGGAGACUUUUUAAGGGUCUAGCUCAAACCCAGACACCCCUAGACCUCCUCAGGUGGCCACAUGCAGCCUCUUUAUGGAAAAGCUUUUGCUCAGCUCUGUUAGGCUUGGAGACCUCAACAAAUGUACACUACAACAACCAUGUAACUCCACUUCUACCUUACCCUGUCACCUUACUGCUGGGUGAACAGUGGAGCCACCUGCUAACUACAUCUGUUUUUUAGAGGACAGACUUCUCCACUCAGCCAAUGGCUUCAUUUCAGUGUCCUCACCAUGAGCUUGAGCAGAGACUCUGUUAUGCCACAAAGAUUAUUUUUUCUUCUUGCUGUGAAGUAUUCACAGCUGCUGUCAUCACACCAUGCAACUGUGAGCUCUGGAAAUGAAGCUACUGCUGAAAGCACAGUUAUUUGGCAACUAUUUUUAAGUCAAGGAUUAGGACUUCAGAAUUGUCUUUUCCCCCUCCCCCUCCUGAAGGUUGAAUUUAGAUGGUGACAGAGAAGAAAACAGCUCAGGGACCUUACCAUACACCGGAGAUUAUAAUUUUGGAACAGUCAGGGUCAGUUCCUCUCCCUUUGCAUUGUUACUGUUUCUCUUGUCCGCAAGUUGGACAACCGAUAUUCGCAUAUUGGUUUUGAAAAAAAAAAAAAAAAAAAAGGCAGCUGCCCAGCCUUCUGCCUUGAAGCAUGACGUAGAACAGAAGGUUUCUGAUGUUGGAAGAAUUAUUUUGCUGAUCCAAAAGAUACCUUUUACAAUGUUAGAAGCGUGUUCCAAGAUUUUGCCCUUAGUGCUCAAAUACAUUGAGGACCUGUGUCUGCAUGCUGAAGAGUCCAGUUAUGCCAGGCAAUGAAGCCAGUGUCAGUUCUCCCUGAGUUCAGAAUAUACAUUGCAUGAAGCCCCAAAAGACUCCACUUCUUUAAUUCUACAGGCCAGCUCCUCGUAACCAGCCGCAUUUAAGGUGCCAGGAGCAAUGUUCCUAUGACUUUUAAUAACUUUGGUAAUUGACUACCCUAGAUUAAUUACUCAGCAUUGUUUUAUUAAUACUGAUGGAGCCUUUAAAUAUUAGUUUAAAUUCUCUGACUAAACAAUGUUGUCAGCUUUGGUUUACUUGUUUUCCAGUGCUUAUGGCUAUUGUGAAAUUUCACAUAUUUCAAGGUGCUGCCUUUCAAUACGCACAGAGUUGAAGACAGCUCUAACAACUUUAAACAGGCUAUUGAAAAAGCCCUAAACUUUGCAUAUAGCCGCUUCCCAUCAAAUAAGCUGCAGUUACUCUGAGCAGCAGUAAAGCACAUACCAACACUGUCAUACAUCCUGAUCAUUUAAAGUAAGCACAGCUCUAUGUUGAAGAGGUAAUAGUUUUUUCUGUAAAUAUAUUUACUUACGCUUUACAACUCUUACACGCUCAUUACCACAAAAAGCACUAAAAAUGGCACUUUUUCCAUUGCAGGUGAAUUAAUUUGUUUCUUUAUUUAUUGGUACUAUGAGAUAAGGCAUACACAGCAAUGCACAACUAGCAGCUACUUCUGAGUCUGCUCAGCAGCAGAUAUGGGGAAGGAGUCAAGAAAGAUUGAUACUAGAGAGAUGCUCAGCUCCAUGAAUAUUUGUAUGUCUGUAUUCAGUGUUCGACUCCUAAUUCCCUUGAUGUCACAUAAGCCAGAGAUUACUUGUGAAUUCUCCAAGGUUUGUUGGCACCAAGCCUAGCAAACAGCUGCAGGGCCUUGCUCCUGGGAGUCCUAACCCAUGCCUCUUUCCUAAGAGGCUGCCUAACUUCUGUGCUGCCUGAAGUGGAAAAAGAGAGAACAAUACAGAGCACUGUAUUUCUACUGCAGCAGAGGUGCAGUUGUCCUCUAGUUAAUGCAGAGGGAGGAAGCCUGACCUGGCUUCAGCCUAAUGAAUGAGAGAGACAAUAAAAGAGUAGCUGGAGGAAAGACUGGACCUCAGCCUCUCCUAUCACUGCCUUGGAAAAAAACACAUGGCUCCCAGGUUGGCCUUUGCAGGAGAGGCCUUCCUGUGAGAGGCUUCUGAAUGGUGACUGUAAUGCCACAUGAAGGUGAAGUGGUGCCAUCGUUUGCUGAAGUGUCAGCCACAGCGAACUCCUUCCUGGCCACAUUAUGUGCUCUCACGCCUUCCCCACCACGGUACCAGCCUCAAGCAUCCCAGCUGGACUGUGCAAAUAGCAGACACCGUGUCCAUCUGUGGAGGUGCUGCACUGUUAGCUACAAAAGCUUCCCUAGCUCAGAAUGGGAACAAAUGGCCUGGGAAAGGAAGCAUCUGCCUAGCACUGUGCUACCUGCGAAGUUAUGUGACUUACACAAGCACUUAGCUUCCCCCUGCAACCAUGCACAGAUACCCUGCCCUCCCUGCCUUCAUCCAGUCACUAGGUAGUUUUCAAAACUAAGAAGAAACUAGACAUAGUAAUAAUCAAAUGAUGCUUUGGGGCACAUGAUUCUUCAAGAAGUUUGUUGUCAGCUCAUACAGAGGACUUCAGAUCAUACAAGGGACUACAGUGCAUACGCAUGACUGACACGCACAUCUUACAGAUGCAAACUGCUGCUGAUUUUGGGACCACAGCACAAAGCUUUACAUCCUCUUUGUGGGAGCUGCUUCCUAACUUGGAACUAGGAUUUUGAAGAUUUAACCAAAACGAAUGGCCUACAGCACUGAGCCUACCACAUCCUUCCCUUGAAGGAUGCCAUAAGGGCAUGAGUGACACCACUAGCACUGUACACAACUGGCAUGCAAAGUCAAUGUUGCAGAGCAUGGUGGCCCUCACAAUGCAAGCACAAUUUAUCUCUUGCCUGCUGGAAACUCUUAAUUGUCCCAGCUAAUUCCCUGUUUGUGUUUUAUUGUCUGUUCACUGCUAAUCCAGCCUGUGUCUUUUGUGGCAGGCCUUCGUGACCACAUCCUGCGGCCAGUUACCACUCCCUUAGGCUGCCCUGGAAAAAACUUGGAUGUAGAAUAUUAAAGGUGAAGCCAGCA